AUGGGUUGUGGUUAAUCAUCUGCUUCAUUUUUUGAGUCCAGAGGUUUAAUUUACAUAUAUUAUGGUACUACAUCUGGUAACUCAAGUCGAUUGGCAUUCACAUUCGCAAGUUAAAUAAGAAAAUUGAACUUUCUUCCUAAGGGUAAGGAUGUUAUCUAAAAUUUAGUAAUUAAUCUAAGUGAAUUUGAACCUGAUUAAAUAACUUAAUAGAAGUUGUCUAUAUUUUUUGUAUCAACAUAUGGAGUAGGAUCAUGCUCAUCAGAUGCUUAAAAAUUUAAUUCUUGGAUUUUUUCAUAAGAGAGAAAAAAUGAUGAAUUCAAUUGUAUGUCUUAUAUAGUAUUUGCACUUGGAAAUACUAAUCAUGAAAAUUAUUGCUAAUUUGGAAUUAGAUUAGAUAAAAGGUUGGAAGAACUUGGAGCAAAGAGACUAUUUGUUUUAGGUAAAGGAAAUGCUGCUGAAAAUACAACUGAAAAUGAUUAUCAAGAUUGGAUAAAUACAGGAGUAGAAUAAACACUAAUAUAAACAUAUCCAGCAUAGACAUGUGAUCCAAAAAAGUUUGAAUAAUCUAUUUAAAAGAUCAAAUAUACAAAUGAACCAGAAAAUGAAUAACUUGAAAAUUUAGAUUAUUAGGCAUAAAAAUAUAAAUCUAGUAUUACUUUCACUAUAAAUGAAAUAAAAGAAUUAAAAAAGAAACCAACUCUAGGAAACUCUACUUUAUUUAUAGAUCUUAUAGCUGAUAAUAUUAAUUAUAAAACAGCUAGUAAUAUUGCUAUCUAUCCAUAGAAUUCAGAGUAAUAUAUAUUUAUUUAUUAAUUUUUAGCCAAGAUAUCAAUGAAUUAUGUAAUUAACUUAGAUUUGAUAAAAAUAUGAAGUUUGAGAUCGUUACAACAUCUAAACAUCCUUUUCCAAAUCCUAUAUCAAUCUAAAAUUAUUUAAGAAAGUAUUAAAAUUAUUUAUAAAAUUAGAUAUUGUGAUUUUACUGGAUUGAUAACAAAAAAACAAUUAAUGGAAUUAUCUAAUUUGGCAAUUAAUAAACAGAUUAAAGAAGAGUUAUUGAAAGCUUCAUCUUUUGAAGGUAGAGAUUUCUAUGAAGAACAUUUUCAGAAAAAAAGAGAAAGUUUGCUUACUGUUAUUAAAAAAUAUAAUAUACGCAAUUUAUCUAUUGAAUAAUUAUUAGAAAUUUGUCCUCUAAUUACUCCUAGAUUUUUCACUAUAGCAUCAAGCAAUAUGAAAUAUCCAAAAAAUAUUCAUAUUUUAGCAAGUUAAUUAAUUUUGUAUGAAAAAAGACUUGGACUUUGCAGUUAAUACUUUUCAACUUUAAAAAAAGGGUCUAUAAUAAAAGGCUAUCUUUCAGAUUCAAAAUUUACAUUCCCUAAAAAUCCUAAGGUUCCAGUGUUAUUAAUUGGACCAGGGGCAGGAUUGGCACCUAUGAGAGCCUUGAUAUAAGAAAGAGAUUAUUAUCUGGAAUCAAAUAAAUUAGAUAUGUCUCCUUUUUAAGGAAAUAUGGAUUUAUUAUUCGGUUGCAGAACUGAAGAUGAAUACUUUUUUGAAGAAGAACUCAAAAACUAUGAGAAGAAUGGCACUUUAAGUAAUUUGAAAGUCGCAUUUUCAAGAAAGGAAGUAAAAUAAUAUGUGACAGAUAUUAUGGAUUUAAAUUAAAUACAUUCCCAUUUAACUAUGGAAGGAUUGAUAUAUAUUUGUGGAUCUUCAUAAAUGGGUAGAGAUAUAACAAAUAAAAUACAGGAUAUGUAUAAGCAAAUAGAGAAUAUUGCACCUUAUAUGGCAUUUAAAAAAAUUAGUGAAUUAGAACAAAAACAAUAGCUAAUAACCGAAUUAUGGGGAUGA